AUGGCGGGAGCAUGUGGUGGUAGUGAGAAAGAUGUGGAUACCAAUGGCGGCCUGGCUGGCCGAGAUCGGGCAGAUGUAGAUUCGAGGUUGGCGAUAGCGUACCGUUGGAUUCCGACAGCCGACGGUGUGGCAGGGAUAAGCGGGCUGGCGGGAAUAAGCGUGGAGCAAGUGCUUCUUGUGGCCGCCGGGAAAUGGAUCGAGUGCGGAGAAACGAGGCUCCCCGAACAGUGGGGAUGA